AUGUCUUUCAACAAAGGCCCACCUAUUCUGGAUGGAAAGAAUUAUUUCUCAUGGAUCAUCAAGAUCGAGUCGUACAUGCGUGCUCAGGACUUGUGGUAUAUAGUAGAAGAAGAAGACCUACCAGUACCCGGAGAAGAUGCAAGGGAGGAUGAAAAACUUCGCUACAAAAAUCACACCAUCAACAAACACAAAGCUGCUUCUCUUCUCCAUGAUGCUCUAACUGAGAGCAUGUUUACCAAAAUUGCAAACUGCAGCACACCAAAGAAGAUAUUUGAUCAUUUGAAGGCCAUUCAUGAAGGUGGUGAUCAGAUUCGGAAAAUCCAUAUUCGAAACCGUAUCUCAGAUUUUGAAGCAAAUCGGAUGAGUUACAAGGAGACUGUUCAAGAUUACUAUGACCGCACAAUCAAAAUAGUAAAUGAGAUCCGAGCUCUUGGUGGGGAAUUACCUGAAGAAAAGGUUGUAGAAAAUGCGACUAUGAGUCUCCCGAAUAAAUUUGAGGCAAAGUUGUGUGCUUUAGAAGAAACUGGCAAACUGAAACAAAUCACUUUUCUAGAACUUAUCAGUGCUUUGCAAGCUUCUGAAAAAUGA